AUGAAAGUAGUUUUAGCAGCGCUUUUUCUGAUUUGCAUUAGUGCAUCAGAAGCACGGACCAAAGCAGAGAAGCGUAAGGAUUAUGAAUUUGACUAUGAUACUGCACCUGCUGGAGCGCAGUACGGUACUUCAUACUCCCCGAAGUCUGGAUACAGUGCCGGAAGUGGGCUGCGUUCGAUUGCGCAAGGGUCGGCAGACCAAGCUGGUUCUGCGGUAGCGAACCAACAUGCAGCCGCUAAACAGGCCGCGUAUGUCGCGCAAAACACUCUCGCCCAGGCAGCGGCCCAGGCUGCGGCAACCGCACAGGCUGCUCUUCACGGAAAGCAAGUUUUACUACAAGGUCUGGAGCAGCAAAGCUUGGAAGCGCACCAGGCGCUGGACGCUGAAAUACAGCAACUGCAACAGGCCAAACGAUCGGCCAAGGCUGCUCAACAUGCUGCACAACAAGCGCUAAACCACGUGCAAGUUUUAACCGCCGCUCUGAACAAUGCACAGGUCGCUUCAGAACACGCCCAGCAGGCCGCUAGUGAAGCCGCGGCAGAACUCGCCUCGCAAACGCAGAUGGUCGGUUCAGCCAAGUCACGUGUAGAGGCGAUCGAGGAACAAUUGAACGCAGCUCGGGUCGACUUUGAGGCCACCCAGGAAGCAGCUCACAAGGCCGCUGCCUCCGCCCAGGAAGCUCAAAAUAACGCUGCUGAGGCUGCAGCUCACGCUGCUCUUACACACCGCGUUGGCACUGUGGAUCAUCAAAUCCAAGCGAAAUCUUUCAAAACCCAAGGCCCGCACCCAUCCGGAGAUGAAAUCAACAGCACCGAAAAUGAGGGACCAGCCAAUCACAAAUUCAGCGAUUUCAAGCCAUCACAGCAAGGAUACAAUUAUCCAGGCUACUAA